CGCAUGCGCAGUGUCAAACAAAACGAGUCAACGGACGAAGUUGGAAACAAGACUGUUUGUUAAGCUAGAAUUUUUAAAAUAAGCGAUGGAUCUCGUCCCGUCUCUGUCCUCGCUGCGGCUCCUGGUUUCUCCUCUGCGUCUCGCAUCCGCCUUCAUGUGGCAGAUCGUCCAGGAUCAGAACGUGGAGCAGUUUGGAAAACUGGAAGAGUUUGUUUCGGUGAUGACCAACCUCGUGCCAGAACUCUUAAGCAGGAGACAGAGGGCCACUUUGAUAGUGGGGCUGCGGGCAAAGAUGAUUCUCGAGAUGUGUCGAGGUGAGCUUCCAGCAGACCUUCACACUGUCAAAUCACACAUUCACCAAAUCCAGACUGCCGAUUUACUGAAGGUGAGUGACACAGACAUGGAGAGCUUACAGGACAGCGUACUUCAACUUGUCCUCAGCUUGCUAGAGGACGCCAUGAAGCGAGAAUACUUCUUUCAGGAAGUAUUUCCAGUCGAGUACGGGCCUGACUUUGACAAAGCACUGCAAGUCCUUGUUGGCUUUUUUCUCUCCAGAUUGGAGCAACUUCUGCCGGUACCGAACUUCAAACAGCUUUCAUUGUUGCUCAGCUGCCAUCCUGGUGAGCUGGAUGGGUGUGUGGACUCGGUUUGUAAAUCACACAGUUUGCUGUCCUUGCUGCAAUCAGAUAUUUGUGGGACUCUGGAAAAAAAUGUUCUUCCAUCAAUAGUGGAGGAUCGAAUAGUCUCCUCGUUGUCACUGCCUCCUGUUGGCGACUCGGUCAUUGUAAACCAGCAGAACAAUGAUGCCACAUCACUUCUAGAGGAGUCGAAAAACGUACCAAAACAGACUGUGGACAAGACGACACUGACGGGUGAUCCAGAAGUCCAAAAUGAGGGAUGCAGCUCCAACAGCGAAUCAUCCUUCAGAGACAGCGAUGGAGAAAAGGAUACAAAUACUGAUGAACUGCAAGAGUAAGUUAACAGUUGAGUU